AUGCCGGAGGAGGAUAGCGGCAACGGGGCGGCGCCGGAGCGGCUGACAUGGCCGGAGGAGCUGGAGCUUCCGGCGCUGCUCGCGGCGGAGAAUGUGCGGUCGCUCCACGAGACCAUCCACAGCGAGUGGGGGUCUCUGCUGCGGUCGGCGUGCCAGACGGCGGCCGGCAGGGCCCUGUGGAAGCAGGUGAUUCGCGAUCCCCUCGCCGAGGUUCUUGCCGGGGAGAGCUACCUGAGGAGCCUCCACGACAAGAUACGCAGCGACCAGCUGAACCGCGCGCGGGAGGUGUCCGGGGUGAUCAUCGCGGUGCGGACGCUGUGGUUCGACUCCAGGCUGGAGAAUGCCGUCGGCGCAUUCGCCGGCGGCGAGGCCCAGGUCGUCCUCCUGGGGGCCGGUACGUAGCUGGCGAUGAUCUCCGAUAUCAUACACCUUUAUAAUAAUAAUUCAAAGAGUGUAGGGAUGAAGAAUUGAAAGUACGACUCUGUUUGCCACACGCAGGUAUGGAUACGAGGGCCUACCGGCUGGGUUGCUUGAGCAGAAGCAGCGUCUUCGAGGUGGACUUCCCCGAGCUCCUAGAAACGAAGGAAGCGCUCCUGCGGGAAGCGCUCGGCUCCGCAGAGGAGCAGGGGGCGGCGGUCAUGGCGAGGUCUUUGAUCAGGGUUGCAGCGGACAUCGGAGAGAGUGAAUGGCUGGAGAAGCUCCAGAGGAGCGGGUUUGCUCCCGAGAAGAACACGGUGUGGCUGCUGGAAGGGAUUCUCUACUACCUCUCGCACCAGGCUGCCGUGCAGCUGCUCCAGUCGAUAGCAGAUAACUGCUCCUCCACCCGAUCUGUGCUCCUCGCAGACUUCAUGAACGAGUCUUGUGUCUCCCUCUCCCAUUCCACCUUCAAAUUCCACUGUGAUUGGCCUGAUCACUUGCUGCCGACUUUAGGGUUUUCGCAAGUAAAGCUGUCACAGAUUGGGGAUCCUGAUGCCCACUUUGGGCUGAUGCACGAUCCUGAGAAUCUGUUCAACAGGCUCAGGAACCUGCCUAGAUCUAUGCAGACCCACCCGGAUGACGGAACGCCUUGUCGCAGGCUGUAUCUGGUAGAAGCCUCGGGCUCCGCUCAGGAAGGAACCAGAUAG